AUGGCGGGCGCCAGCGCCGUGCUGUUGCUGGACGGACGAGGGAAGGUUAUAAUAGGCCGUGACUACCGGGGCGAUGUUUCGCUUGCUGUUAGUGAGAGGUUCGCAUGUCGUGUUAUUGAACAAGAUGAGGCAGCUGUUACCCCCGUAUUUGAAGACGAAGGGGUCACCUACUGCUGGGUGAAGCUGAAAAACAUUUAUCUUCUGGCACUAACGCGCCGAAAUGCAAAUGCGACGAUGUUGCUGGCAUUUCUGCACAAGCUGGGCGCUGUGCUGACGAGUUAUUUUCAUGAACUGGCGGAAGAAAGUCUUCGUGACAACUUCGUCAUUACCUAUGAACUUCUCGAUGAAAUGGUAGACAAUGGAUACCCCCAGACUACAGAGGUUAAGGUGUUAAGCGAAUUCAUCAAGAACCAGGCGCAUCAGUUGUCUACCGCUGCGGUGAGGCCGCCUACAGCAAUGACGAACGCUGUAUCGUGGCGCUCUGAGGGUAUUGUUCACAAGAAGAAUGAGAUAUUCCUGGACGUUGUGGAGAAGUUGGAUCUGCUGGUGGCUGCAAAUGGAAAUGUUUUACGUUCCGAAAUCCUCGGAUCACUGAAAAUGAAGUCUUUCCUCUCGGGCAUGCCAGAGCUGAAGCUCGGGCUGAACGACAAGCUGGUGCUGGAAAGCAGCGGGAAAUCAACAGGUCGAGGGCGUGCUAUUGAAAUGGAAGAUGUGAAAUUUCAUCAAUGCGUUCGUCUUGCACGCUUUGAGAACGACAGAACCAUUUCUUUCAUUCCUCCUGACGGCGAGUGCGAGUUGAUGUCGUACCGCCUGCACACUCAGGUUAAGCCGCUUAUCUGGGUGGACUGUCAGGUGGAUAGUGGCACUUCAGGCAGCCGUCUGGAGUACCUUGUGCGCGCCAGAAGCCAAUUCAAACCCAGAUCCGUUGCGGGAGGCGUUGAAAUACGAAUUCCUGUGCCUGCAGAUGCGGGCGCCGGGCACUUCAAGACGAACAUAGGCAGCGCCAAGUACGUGCCUGAUCUUGACUGUCUGGUGUGGAGUAUUCGACACUUUCAGGGACAAAGAGAAUACAGCAUGACCGCCUCCUUUUCUCUUCCGUCUGUUGAAGAUGAGUCCAGAAAAAACUUCAUGAAACGCCCGAUUCAAGUUCUUUUUGAAAUCCCGUACUUCACCGUAUCAGGCAUCACUGUUAGAUACCUCAAAAUCAUCGAAAAAAGCGGAUAUCAAGCGCUGCCAUGGGUGCGGUAUAUCACACAGAAUGGAGAUUACCAACUUCGACUCACUUAA